AUGAUUUUUUUGCAUUUAAUAUUAUCAUUUUUCUGUUUCCUAACAUUGACUUCUGUAUUUUGUAUUGAUAAAAUUUGUAAUAAAAAUAAUUGUCAAUUACCUUAUUGUCAAUGUGCUGUUAGUAAUAGUAAUCCAACAUCAUUAGACAUCACUGAUAUACCUCAACUUGUUCUAUUAACUUUUGUUGGUAAUUUAAAUAAAUAUACAUUUGAUCCAAUUCGUUCAAUUCUUAAUCCAACUUAUCGAAAUCCAAAUGAAUGUCCUAUAUCAUCAACAUUUUUUGUUAAUGAUAAUUAUACAGAAUAUUGUUUAGUUCAACGUCUUUUUGAUAAUCAUAAUGAAAUAGCUAUGACUACUUCUAGUAAUAAAUGUCCAUUAACAAAUUGUUACGAUGAAAAUAAUUGGCGUCGUUGGUCGGACAAUAAUUGGAAACGAGAAAUAAAACAACAACGUUUAAAUUUAAUAGAACAAUCAAAAAUUCAUCAAUCACAUAUAAAAGGUUUUCGUGUACCACAUUUACAAAUCGAUGAUAAUAAACAUUUUGAACAUAUUAGAAAUUUUCAUUUUCAUUAUGAUUCAUCAAUGUUAUUUAAAUCGUCAAAUUUCAUAUGGCCAUUUACACUUAAUUAUUCAUUUAAUCAAACAGAUUGUAUUAAUUGUGAUGAUUCAUAUCAAACAAUUGAAACACUUUGGCAAUUUCCAUUACAUGAAUGGAUUUAUCCAAAUGCAACUGCAUCUUGUCGUAUUCUUUCCGAUUCAACUUGUUUACCUGAUGAUGAACCAUAUACGGUCGAUUUAUUUUUUGAUUUUAUUAAAUAUAAUUUUGAUCGUCAUUCGUCACUAACUCUUGGCCAUCGAUCUCCAUUUAUAAUCGAACUUGAUCUAUUUUGGCUUUUAGAACAUCAAAAUAUACGUCUUGAAGCAUUAAUUCGUUUUAUUGAAUAUAUUUUAAAUAGUGAAGAUUAUGAUUAUGUUUAUUUUGUUUCAAUUGAACAAGCACUUGAAUGGUUAAAAUAUCCACGUAAAUUAGAUGAACUUAAAGAUUUUUGGGCAUUUAGUUGUAGUAAUACAAUAUAUGAAUAUGAUAUCGAUUGUUCUGAUAUAGAAUUAAAUUUGUUAACUCAAGAUGUUAAAGAAUCCACAUCAAAAAAUGACUCAAAUAUAACAGAUUCUCAAUUAAUCGAUCGACAAGCUGAAGAUUUAUUUCGUAGUAGUAUUGCAUUUCAUUCCAUAUGGAUAUUUAUUCUAUUAAUUUUAACCGUUCUUUUUUAUGAUAAGUACUUUGUACACAAGUGA